ACAACACACAACACCACGCGAGGCCUUACAUUAAUAUAUACUUACAUCGAAAAGUCCGUGCGUUUUGCAAUACACGCACAUACCUUAUUAAAGCGAGGCCAUAAACCGAGUCUAUAUCCCGAAUAAUCUAAAGCGACGCUGGACAAAUGAAUCGACUGUUUGCUCGCGCCAUUGCAGCGGCUAGCUCCUCAGUACUCACCUGUCCAGCAAGAGGAUUGCAUCUGACUAACAAAAUGGUUAUCGCUGUUGGAGAUAAAUUACCCGCCGUCGAUUUAUUCGAAGAUACCCCAGCCAAUAAAGUUAAUUUGGCUCAAUUAUCGGCCGGAAAGAAAAUUCUCAUUUUCGCUGUUCCCGGUGCGUUCACUCCAGGAUGCUCAAAAACGCAUUUACCUGGAUAUGUUGAGCGAGCCAAUGAGUUGAAAUCCAAAGGUUACAAUGAAAUCUUCUGCAUCGGAGUAAACGACCCUUUUGUCAUGGCUGCUUGGGGUAAAGACCAUAACGCCGAAGGAAAGGUUCGAAUGCUGGCCGAUCCAUCCGCAGCUUUCACCGACGCUUGUGAUCUCUCGGUCGAUCUCGCUGUUUUGGGUGGAAAACGCAGCAAACGUUACUCCAUGGUUGUCGAGGACGGCACAGUCACCGAAUUGAACGUCGAGCCCGACAAUACCGGUCUCAGCUGCUCAUUGGCUGACAAAAUUAAAUAAAACAUUUGUUAAGAUUUUUCUAUUUGAAAAUGCACGUUUUUUUUUGUUUGUGAUAAUUACAUUUUUUACUUAUCGUGCAUAAUUUAUGAAUUCCCGCGUAUGUACAAAUAGCUUUAAAGUCUUUUUUUUUAAUCAAAAAGAAUAAUUGUAGAGGAAACCAAAUGUUACAGACAAUAUGUUAAUUAUGUAAUAUAUAAUAAAUUGUAUUGUAAAAACAA